AACCUUGCCUACUAUUGUCGUGGGUGUCCACUAGCGGCUUUUUUGUCUUCUCCUUUUCCCUUCUUCUUAAUUUUAUCAUCUCUCCUUCUCUUGUGCUAUGUAUGCUAUAAAUUUAUUUUCGGGUAUAUAAAUAUAGUACUUAUUAUUUAUUGUAGGGUUUCUUUCUUUUCUCUUCUCCUGUUAUUCUCUCUCUCCCCUUAACAGUAAUGAUUUUCUCGUUACGGGUAUCGUUGUUGAGGAAUCUGAGGAGUUGUGGUUGUGAAAAAGUGGCAGUUAAAGCAUUAGAAAGACAACAACUAGAAGAACAAGAACAAGAGGAAGAAAAACAGACAGAGAUAUAGAUAGAUAGACAGGCACACGAGUGUUUGGUGUGUGUAGAAAAGAAAGAGUGCUUGUUUUGUUGAUUGAUGUGAUCAUCACCAAAACAAACGGCUCUUUCUGGCUUUAUUUACCGUCUUUUCGUAUUUCUCUCUAUAUUUGGUCUCUCUUGGGGGGUCUUUUACUGAUUUUUGUUCCGGCUGAAGGGUGGUUCUUCCGUUAACAUUCCUCUUUUUUUUUCUUGUUUUAUCUGGGCCUUGUUCUUUGUAUUUUGUUCUUUUUGGUGUGCAAUAUUGUAUAUCAUCAUGGCUCAACAAAGGCAAUUUCAGAUGGCGGGUGGUGGCAAUUCAGGGCAGUACAAUGACACGACUUUUACCAAAAUCUUUGUUGGUGGUUUGGCCUGGGAGACACAGAGAGACACCAUGAGGCGUUAUUUUGAACAGUUUGGAGAGAUCCUGGAGGCUGUUGUUAUCACAGAUAAGAAUACAGGGAGAUCCAAGGGAUAUGGCUUUGUUACAUUUAAGGAUCCAGAUGCAGCCAUGAGAGCUUGUCAAAACCCAUCUCCGGUGAUCGAUGGAAGGAGGGCAAACUGCAAUCUUGCAUCACUUGGUGCACAAAAGACUCGACCACCAACCCCUCAACACGGCACAGGACGGUUUAGACCAGUACAUGGAGUAGUGGCUUCACCUACUUAUCCUGGAUCCGCAGCUCCAUACACCCAUCAACCCACUGGUCAAUAUUCAUUUCCUUAUUCAGCUUAUGGGUACACUGGAUAUUCACAGGAUGCCAUGUAUCCCUUGGGCUAUUAUGGUGUUUAUGGAGGUCAGCAAUUCUCACCUUACUAUACCACUGGAGGGGCAUCAGGAACACCAGGGAUGUUCCAACACAAUUUCUACCCAUUUUACACUCCGUAUGCACAGAGUAGCCAAGCACACGGUUUUGGAAUUCAAUAUCCCCAAAUGGUACAGUACCCUUAUUUACCUCAGCAGUUUGGCUCUACAGGAAUCUUAUCACUUCCUUCUUCUGUAGCAAUGGCGACUACAACUGCAGGAUCAUUUGAAUGUAACCUGCAACAGGUGCAGCCACAAUGACUAUGACAACUACUACAACAGCAGCAGUAGCACCAACAGCAAAUACAGGGGUGGUGGGAGCAGGAACAGGUGCUUUGCAAGCAUCUGGAACAGCUACUGAACAAAACUCACCAACCAAAUAAUAAGUAUGGAAAGUUCGUUGUCUUCUCACAUGACUGACAACAUCCGCAAAUCGCAGACCAGGAAAAACAUAAUGGGGAAGAAGGAAUAAGGAAAACAUUGUUUCAUGUCUCUGAUUCAAAAGGAGGGUUAUGCAUGAUCAUCAGUUAGCAUAACAUCAGAAGAAUCCAAAAAUUCAGCAUCAGAUUGUUCAUUUCAUGGAAACAGGCAUUUGAGAUACAAAAGCUCACUCCACUAACUCUCUUUCAAUCUUUCAAGCCCCCGACAUUAUCAACUUCAUCAUCACACAUGUUCGGUCUAGGACACUAGGGAGUCUCAAGCAGUUGUUAGCGUUAACUAGGAAAAGAAAUCAUAUUCAUUUCAUGUAUUAGCACAAGGUGGAAUCCAAUAUUGGCAUUGGAUUCUACCUCAGAUACUAAUCAGCAGAUUAUUAUGUCUCGGAGGCAGAGAGCAUCCGAUGACUUACUCUUGUUUAUAUUUGGCAGCAAUCAGGGUUCAAAGAUUGGUUUUAUAUCUUUGAGCCCAUAUUGGUCAACAAGAAAGUUGGGCUAUGGAUAGCUCAGUCAUUAACUUGUAAUUUUUAUUUUAUUUUUUGUUUCUUCAUUAUUCAUGAUUGACUGCUUUUUUAUAAUAGGAUCAGAACAUUAGUCGGGGGAAAGAAGAUGGUGUCUCUGUCACCUUAUAUUUUUCUGUUUACAGAUAAUCAUCUCCUUUACAUUUCA